GUAUCCGGAUACGUAACCCCACAGCCCAGACUGCGACGCCAACCAUGUUCCGCUCGUCGAUGCAAGCCUUCCGCGCAUUCUCCACUCGUGGAUCCCAAGGACGUGUGUUCCCUCAGUUCACUGUGUACGGCAGUGACGCCCUGCUGCAGCUUUCGCCCAUCGCACCCGUGUACACCAACGCAGGGUCGUACCUCAAGCUCAAGCGAGGGGGCUCGCUCAUGUUGACGUGGUGCAAAAAGACGUCCAAUGGCUACAACUACCAAGAGAAAUAUUACUUUGCGCUCACGCCAGCUGAGAUCGGCUCGCUCUUGAACUCGCUGGACGACCGCGCGCCUCGGUUUUCGCUCGUGCACUCGCCCAACGCCAACGCUUCCCCACCCACGGGGGACACGGCGACCAAGGUGUUGGCCGUGGAAUACCAACCAGAACACCUCAAGACCGUGUUUGAAUACGGCAGCAGCAACGACCGCGCCGCCGUCGCGCUGUCAUCUGGUGAAGUGCGGGUGUUCAAGGAGCUUCUCCAGUACUCGAUUCCGUUCCUUUAUGGGUUCCACUCGACCUUGGCCAACGCGGACCUCACGGUGGAACAAGACAAUAACGGCGGCGCAGCAGGGGCCUCGUAUUCGAACAACGCACCUCGACAUCAAACGUCCAAGCCGCGCACGGGGGGCGGCGGAGGCGCGGACUGGCCCUUUUAAUCCUACUCAGCUCGACAUUAUGGAACGAGAUAUGUAGUUUAAAAAACGAUUACGGCUAGCCUAUCGAUUGUUCAUUCGAGAUAUGGUUCACCCUCAAAGGCGGUCAAGUGUCGAGUUUUGUGGUCGUGACUUGGGCGGCUCCUUUCAUCAUCAAGAAUAUUUGAACCCUUCCCAUGUGCCAUGAUCAAUGUUAUGUACUGUAAUCGAC